AUGCACCCGUGCUUCAGACCGCAUCUUUCGCAUAGUCUUGAUUUCCCACGAUGUCGGGCUACCAAGGAGGUGGCGGCGGUGGCCGUCACGACUACGACGACGGAUAUGGUCAAAACCACGAUUCGUACUACCAAGACGACCAGAAUGGUCACUACUAUGACAAUGGCUAUGAUGCCCACGGGGGACAGCCGCAGCAGCAGCAGCAGCCACCACCAUGGAAAUGGAAACGGGAAUGAUGGCUACUACGACGAAUCUGGUUACUAUAACGCCGACGCCAAUAAUCCUUAUGCCGCAGAGGGCGGUUACUACGAUAACCAUGAUAAUUACCAAGGAGAGUACUACGACGAUGGCCAUGGCGGAUACUAUGAUAACUAUGGUCAAGGUGGUCAGAAUGGCAAUGGGGGACGACGCGGCGAUUCUGAGGAAGAUUCCGAGACCUUUAGCGACUUUACCAUGAGGUCAGAUAUGGCUCGUGCCGCAGAGAUGGACUACUAUGGUCGUGGCGACGAGCGGUACAGCGGCUACGAGCAAGGCAGAGGAUACCGGCCCCCAUCUUCUCAAGUUUCCUAUGGUGGCAAUCGCUCAUCUGGUGCCUCCACGCCCAACUAUGGAAUGGACUAUGGUAAUGUUCCCGGCACUCAAAGAUCCCGGGAGCCGUAUCCUGCCUGGACGUCUGACGCGCAGAUCCCUUUAUCUAAAGAAGAAGUUGAAGAUAUUUUUCUUGAUCUUACCAACAAAUUCGGAUUCCAGCGCGACAGUAUGCGGAAUAUGUAUGAUCACCUUAUGGUUCUGCUCGACUCGAGGGCAUCUCGAAUGACGCCCAACCAAGCCCUUCUAUCUCUCCACGCAGACUAUAUUGGUGGUGAGAACGCCAAUUAUCGGAAGUGGUAUUUCGCUGCUCACUUGGAUCUGGAUGAUGCUGUUGGAUUUGCCAAUAUGGGCAAGAAGUCCAAAAAGAAGAAGUCCAAAGGCAAGGCCGGCGAUCCGAAUGAAGAACAGGCUCUCGAGGACUUAGAAGGCGAUGACAGUUUGGAAGCAGCCGAAUACAGGUGGAAGACCCGUAUGAACCGCAUGUCUCAGCAUGACCGAGUCCGCCAGAUCGCUCUAUUUCUGCUUUGUUGGGGUGAGGCAAACCAAGUGCGUUUUAUGGCCGAGUGUCUCUGCUUUAUUUUCAAAUGUGCAGAUGACUACCUCAAUUCGCCCGCCUGCCAAAAUCUCGUCGAACCCGUCGAAGAGGGUACCUAUUUGAAUAACGUAAUCACACCACUAUAUCAGUACUGCAGAGAUCAAGGCUACGAGAUCUCCGAUGGAGUCUACGUUCGUCGCGAGCGUGACCACCACCAGAUUAUCGGUUACGAUGAUUGCAACCAGCUUUUCUGGUAUCCCGAAGGUAUUGAGCGUAUUGUUCUCGAGGACAAGAGCAAAUUAGUCGACGUCCCUCCGGCAGAACGUUAUGUGAAGCUAAAGGAGGUCAACUGGAAGAAAUGCUUCUUCAAGACCUACAAGGAGACGCGUUCUUGGUUCCACACGAUUGUUAACUUCAAUCGGCAACGACAGAGCACUAUCAUACUUUCUCUGGGGGCUGUUUUCGGUAUCAAGUUCGGAGAAUCCUACAUCUACUUGACUCUAUCUCUUCGCGACCCGAUUCGUUAUCUUCAAAUCAUGGAUGUUUCGAGUUGCGUGGGAGACUACACCCUCGGGCCAAUACUAUGCAAAUAUCAGCCAAUAGUAGUAAUGGUUCUGAUGAUUAUCACCGAUUUGAUUCUCUUCUUCCUUGAUACUUACAUGUGGUACGUUUUGUUGAACGCGGUCAUCUCUAUUGCGAGAUCGUUCUAUUUGGGAUCUUCUAUCUUGACUCCUUGGAGAAAUGUGUUCUCGCGGCUUCCCAAGCGAGUCUACUCCAAGAUUCUGGCUACUACAGAUAUGGAGAUCAAGUACAAGCCGAAGGUUCUAAUCUCGCAGAUCUGGAAUGCCAUUGUCAUCUCCAUGUACCGAGAACAUCUGCUCGCCAUUGACCACGUCCAAAAGCUACUCUACCACCAAGUUCCUUCCGAGCAAGAGGGCAAACGUACUCUACGUGCACCAACAUUCUUCGUAUCCCAGGAAGAUCAUUCGUUUAAGACGGAAUUUUUUCCCACCUACAGUGAGGCAGAGCGUCGUAUCUCUUUCUUCGCCCAGUCGCUUUCUAUGCCAAUUCCGGAACCUGUGCCUGUGGACAAUAUGCCUACCUUCACUGUUUUGAUUCCUCAUUACGGUGAAAAGAUUCUCUUGACCCUCCGUGAAAUCAUCCGUGAAGAUGAGCCGUACUCCCGUGUUACACAGCUUGAAUAUCUUAAGCAACUUCACCCUCACGAAUGGGAUUGCUUUGUCAAAGAUACGAAGAUUCUUGCCGACGAGACAUCCCAAUUUAACGGAGACGAUGAAAAGGGAGAGAAGGAUACCGCGAAGAGCAAGAUCGAUGAUCUGCCAUUUUAUUGUAUCGGUUUCAAGUCUUCCGCUCCUGAAUACACUCUACGAACACGAAUCUGGGCAUCUCUUCGUUCGCAAACGCUCUACCGUACUAUUUCAGGUUUCAUGAAUUACAGCCGUGCUAUCAAAUUGUUAUACCGUGUUGAGAAUCCAGAAGUUGUUCAAAUGUUUGGCGGUAACUCGGAGAAGCUGGAGCGCGAGUUAGAAAGAAUGGCUCGACGAAAGUUUAAAAUCUGUGUCUCGAUGCAGCGUUACGCCAAAUUCAAGAAAGAGGAGAUGGAGAACGCCGAAUUCUUACUCCGAGCCUACCCUGAUCUACAAAUUGCUUAUCUCGAUGAAGAGCCUCCAGCGGUUGAAGGUGAAGAGCCGCGAAUCUACUCUGCCCUUGUUGAUGGACACUCUGAAAUCAUGGAGAAUGGCAUGCGACGGCCUAAGUUCCGCAUUCAGCUCUCUGGUAACCCUGUGCUAGGUGACGGCAAAUCCGACAAUCAGAACCACUCGAUCAUUUUCUACCGUGGAGAAUAUAUUCAGCUUAUUGAUGCCAAUCAGGACAACUAUCUGGAAGAAUGCCUGAAGAUCCGUUCCGUAUUAGCUGAAUUUGAGGAAAUGAAGUCUGACAAUAUCUCGCCCUACACACCUGGUGUCAAGACCGAGUCUGUAGCUCCUGUCGCCAUUCUCGGUGCUCGUGAGUACAUUUUCUCGGAGAAUAUUGGUAUUCUCGGCGAUAUUGCCGCCGGUAAGGAACAAACAUUCGGUACGCUCUUUGCGAGAACCUUGUCUCAGAUCGGUGGCAAACUUCAUUACGGUCAUCCCGAUUUCCUCAACGGUAUCUUCAUGUGCACGCGUGGUGGUGUCUCCAAAGCUCAGAAAGGUCUUCAUCUGAACGAGGAUAUCUACGCUGGUAUGAAUGCAAUGCUUCGCGGUGGUCGUAUCAAGCACUGCGAGUACUACCAAUGUGGUAAGGGUCGUGAUUUGGGUUUCGGUUCCAUUCUUAACUUCACCACAAAGAUCGGUACUGGUAUGGGUGAACAACUACUCUCUCGCGAAUACUACUAUCUCGGUACUCAGCUCCCUCUGGACCGUUUCCUGUCUUUCUACUAUGCCCACGCCGGUUUCCACUUGAACAAUAUCUUCAUCAUGUUGUCUUUGGAGAUGUUCAUGAUCGUCCUAAUCAACAUUGGCGCGCUUCGACACGAGACAAACGCUUGUGAGUACAACCGGAAUGUCCCUAUUACGGAUCCCUUGUUCCCCACAGGAUGUCAGAACACAGAUGCCCUCAUGGACUGGAUUUACCGCUGCGUCAUUUCUAUCUUCGUCGUGUUCUUCCUGAACUUCAUACCUUUGGUUGUCCAAGAGUUUACAGAACGUGGUAUUCUACGCGCUGCAACUCGUCUGGCCAAGCAGUUCUGCUCUCUCUCACCCUUCUUCGAAGUGUUCGUCUGUCAGAUCUACGCCAAUGCUGUAACACAAGAUUUAUCUUUUGGUGGUGCUCGAUAUAUCGGAACUGGUCGUGGUUUCGCCACUGCUCGUAUCCCCUUCGGUGUCCUCUAUUCGCGUUUCGCCGCCCCCUCUAUCUACUUCGGUGCGCGUUUGGUUCUGAUGUUACUGUUUGCAACCUUGACGGUUUGGCAGGCGGCACUGGUAUAUUUCUGGAUCUCGCUCAUUGCACUGGUUAUCUCGCCCUUCCUUUACAACCCUCACCAGUUUUCGUGGAACGACUUCUUCAUCGACUACCGUGACUAUCUUCGCUGGCUGUCUCGUGGUAACUCUCUCAGCCACUCGUCCUCGUGGAUUUCUUUCUGCCGUCUUUCUCGUACAAGAAUGACUGGUUACAAGCGCAAGGUCCUGGGUACUCCGUCCGGUAAAUUAUCAGCUGACGUUCCUCGUGCUGCAAUGAGCAAUGUCUUCUUCGGCGAGAUCUUUGCUCCCCUCGUUCUCGUCGCAUUAACAGGCAUACCAUACCUUUUCAUUAACGCACAGACCGGUGUCCAUGCUCAUCAGGACAAAGUUGACCCUACUGCAUCGCUCUUCCGUGUCGCGAUUGUUGCUGUUGCCCCUAUUGGUGUUAAUGCCGGUGUACUCGGUGCUAUGUUCGGUAUGGCUUGCUGUAUGGGACCACUACUGAGCAUGUGCUGCAAGAGAUUUGGUAGCGUGUUAGCUGCUAUAUCUCAUGCUUUGGCUGCCAUCUUUCUCCUCGUGUUUUUUGAAGUCAUGUUCUUCCUUGAGGGUUUCGAUUUCACAAGGACGCUCCUAGGAAUGAUCACUGUCGCAGCCAUUCAGCGAUUUAUCUUGAAGCUCAUUAUCACAUUUGCGCUUACUCGUGAAUUCAAGACGGACCAGUCCAACAUUGCGUUCUGGACGGGCAAAUGGUACUCUAUGGGCUGGCACUCGGUUUCCCAGCCGGCACGUGAAUUCCUCUGCAAGAUUACGGAAUUAAGCAUGUUCGCCGCCGAUUUCGUUCUUGGUCACUUCAUUCUAUUUUUGAUGUUCCCUGUCAUCUUGAUCCCGAAGAUUGAUAUGUUACAUUCCAUGAUGCUUUUCUGGCUUCGGCCUAGUCGUCAAAUUCGACCGCCUAUCUACUCAAUGAAGCAAUCGAAACUCAGGAGGAGACGUGUCAUUCGUUACGCUAUUUUGUACUUUACCUUGCUUGUUGUCUUUGUCGGCCUGAUUGUCGGACCAGCUGUAGCGGGUAAGCAGAUCGGAUCUACUUUGAAUAGCGCUCUGAGCGGCCUUCCGAUCCCGAUUGCGCAGCCGGCUGGCCAAGAUCACAACGACACUAGGAACCAUACACAAACAGGUACGGGCAUGCCGGGGUACUCAGGACCCGGUCUAGCAUCAAUGACAAAGACGGCGGACGCGGCUGGUUCAGCGGCAACGGACAAGUCUGACGACAGCGGCGACGAUACUCGGAAGUUCCGAUUCGUCUAA